AUGUACAAGAGGACAAAAAGACAUCAAAUUGUUACUAAUUCUUCUUCAAAAUUACCAAUUGAUGAUUUGCGGCAUUAUGCCAAUAGGUUCGGUGAAGUUCAUACUGUUACUCUCGAUACAACCCAAAAUCAGAUAUUUUACGGAGGAUCUGCAUUGAUAAGUGGAUAUAAUCUAUCACUCAAUCUCAAUCAAUAUAGCACAUCUUCAGUUAUUGUUGAAAGUGGUCCACCAGCAGAACUUAAUAGCAUACAUGCCGGACUUGGGGUUCGUCCAGACAUAUAUCACGAUAGUCAACUACGACUAACUACACAUUGGACGGCAUUUGGUAGCGCUCAUUCUGGAUGUUCAGAUACUCAAUGUCCUGGUUUCGUCCAAGUAGACAAGCGAUAUUUUGUAGGAUCUGUAGUAUCUCCCGCUACUCCCAUUGGAGCAUCAUAUAAAAAAUGCAUGGCAACCAAAAUUCAACGGGAUCGAUCCACAGGAAAUUGGUGGUUAAUUGUUGAUGUAGAUGAUCAAGCACAUGUUGGAUAUUGGCCAAAAGAAAUAUUCACUCACUUAAGCAAUGGAGCAUCUAAGGUUAGAUUUGGGGGUGAAACUUUUGCCGCAUCUAAUACGGUAAGUCCCCCAAUGGGUAGUGGGAGAUUACCUCAAGACGGAUAUCAAUAUUCAGCUCUUAUGGGAUUACUUCAGCAUAUUGAUACAAAUUAUAAUCAAAUUGAUCUAUAUCCUGCAUUUUUGAAGGUAUAUAAUGAUGCUAAAAAAGAUUGUUAUGAUUUGACGUUUAAAGAAAAUUUAACAUAUGUAUUUCGAAGAGCUAUUUUGUAUGGUGGGCCGGGUGGAAAUUGUAACUUAUGA